UGGGUAACAAGGCUGACAUGGAUGAGAGCAAAAGGGCUGUCCCCACCUCGAAGGGUCAAGCUCUUGCAGAUGAAUAUGGCAUCAAGUUCUUUGAGACAAGUGCCAAGACAAACUUAAAUGUGGAAGAAGUUUUCUUCUCAAUAGCUAGGGACAUUAAACAAAGACUCGCUGAUACUGAUUCAAAAUCCGAGCCUCAGACAAUCAAGAUUAAUCAAGCAGAUCAGGGGGCAGGGGCUGCACAAGCUGCUCAAAAAUCGACAUGCUGUGGUUCUUAAGCAAGAUGCGUUGAUGGGAUCUUACGGUACACUCUUAAGGAACCAUUUGUGGAAACUAUCGAUCGGUCCUGUUACAACUAUGUCACUGCUGCCUGUAUCAGUUCUCAUUAUCAUUUUUUUUCCCAACUAGUGCUAAUCUGAGUGUGAAUGACAACAGACAGAUAUCCUUAUUUGAGAAAUUAAUUAUAUAUUAGUUGAUUUUUUACAAACA